AAUCUUCGAAAAAUAAAAAUAAAAUCACGGCGUAACGGGAUCUUAAUCUGCAAAGCUCGGAAACCGAAGGGAGGUUUUGUUUCUCUGUGCUUGGAGCAAAGCAAACCAACAGAAAGACUCGUCAACCAACCCAGAGCGUCAAUAAUUUCUAAUGUAAUUUUCAUUCAAUUUUCACCUCAAUCCAUUUCUAAAAUCCGAAGCUUUGUACAGAACGUUAUCGAACUGCAAGUGUCGAUCCCGUUCUUGCUCGCUUCUCUAUGCAAUGGUGGUCUGCAAAUGCCGCAAGGCGACGAAGUUAUAUUGUUUCGUGCACAAGGUUCCCGUUUGCGGAGAAUGCAUCUGUUUUCCUGAGCACCAAAUAUGUGUGAUACGUACUUACUCAGAAUGGGUAAUAGAUGGAGAGUAUGACUGGCCUCCCAAGUGUUGCAAGUGCCAAGCUGUGCUUGAAGAGGGGGCUGGCUCUGAAACCACUCGAUUGGGUUGCUUACAUGUCAUACACACAAAUUGCUUGGUUUCACAUAUCAAAAGCUUUCCUCCGCACACUGCACCCGCUGGAUAUGCAUGUCCUUCAUGUUCUACUUCGAUAUGGCCUCCCAAGAGUGUUAAAGAUUCAGCAUCCCGUCUUCAUUCACUGCUGAAGGAGGCUAUUAUGCAGACUGGCGUGGAGAAGAAUUUGUUUGGAAAUCAUCCUGUUUCUUUGCCUACGACAGAACCCCGUGGUCCUCCACCUGCAUUUGCUUCAGAUCCACUGAUAAAUUUUACCUCAACUGGAGGAAUAGAGUAUGAUGGGAAUUUAUCACCCUCUGUGGCAAAAGAUGAAGGAUACUCAGCAGUUGGAGGACCUUCUAAACUUACGGUGACUGAAAUAAUGGAGAUAGAUGGUCCUAGUUCAGCUGGGAAUUACAUGAAAACUUCAAGCCCUGUUGCUCCUGUGGCUACAACACGAAAGAAUACAGUUCAUGUUGAUAGGCAAAACUCUGAAAUCUCAUAUUAUGCUGAUGAUGAAGAUGGAAAUCGUAAGAAGUACUCUCGUAGGGGUCCACUUCGUCAUAAGUUUCUCAGAGCACUGCUUCCCUUCUGGUCAAGUGCAUUACCAACUCUACCAGUGACUGCACCUCCACGUAAAGACGGAUCUAAUGCAGAUGAUGUCCCAGAAGGUCGUUUGAGGCAUCAAAGAUCAGCGCGGGUGGAUCCAAGAAAAAUGCUUCUUGUCAUAGCAAUCAUGGCCUGCAUGGCUACUAUGGGUAUUCUGUAUUACAGAAUUGCACAAAGGGCCCUUGGUGAGAGACUAGCCGAAGAUGAGCAGCAGUAACUAAUUAAAGUUGUGACAAAAUCGGUGACAUUAUAUUACUUGCUUCUACGAAUCAUGUUGGUUAGAGUUGCCUUUCUCUGCUCAGCCCCUCCUCAGCGAUGAUCAUUGGUGGAAAGAAAACACGAGUACAUUGCAGAGAAAUUCACCCCUCCUUCCACCUUUUAAAAAAAAAAAAUUUUAUCGGUGUGGAUACCAAAAAAUCAGCAUUUCAGUGCAGUUAAAACUGAAUGUUACAUAGCUUUUCUUGGCCUUCGUUCGAUCUUUAUAUCAUUUUGUUUUUGCCCCCACUGUUUAGGAGUUGAAAUGAAUGACAUUUGAAAGGCGAAAAAUGUUUUGUUUAAACUGGGUUAUUUUGUAAUUAUUGUUUCAAUUAAUAAAUUGCUUAAACCAAAGGUACCAGACACGUGGAAUUCAAAACCCA